AUGUUAGCCGUCGCGUCCGGUAUCGUUCGAGGCACUAUGCCAACGGCCUCCAUGACGGACGAAUUGGCCACAGAAAAAGAAAGAACCGUGUCAGCAAACGAGCAGAUGGACCACCUGACGGCAAACAAUCAGCGCCGCCCAUGGACACCCGCAACGGAGGAGUUACGAGUGCGUUGCCGACCCUUUAGGGACCAGGGAUUUGGAGAUUUAGGCAUUGAGGGGAAAUUGAGGGAGGGGAAGGACCGGGCCCCCGAGAGCAAGCUGCCCGGCUCCAUCGAGGAGUGCCACAAGCAGAUUGAGACUCUCACCAAUGACCUCAACACACUACAGAACUGA